AUGUUCACUUUUAUAAUGUCGCUUGACGUAACGCCAGAUAUAUACGACUGUGUAUUAACGAAGAAAUAUUCAAAGACGGUUGCGACUACCAUUAUUCCAGCAAACACCCAAAAAGUAACUGCAGCGCCCAAUUGUUCUUUCAUAGAUGGGAAUGUUUUAGUGACAAGGAAUACUAAAAACCAAUUUAGCAUUACGGCUAAUCCCGAAGCCAUGGCUUUUGUUUCUGUGAUCGGUCGACAAUUAAUGCUGCUACUCCUGCCAUCACUGCCUGAAAUUUUAAGGAUUAAUAAAAUUACCACAAGCCACAUUGGUGAUUCAGGCAUCCAGAAGAAAGCAGCGAUAAAAAUAACUUCAACUAGUCCACAAAGAAUCCCUAAAACAGUAUAAGACACCGUCGAGCCUAGAACAAAGGUCAGAACAAUUCCAAAAGCGAGAAACAGCUGAAAAAUAGCCCCUAGAGUACCACGAGCCGAGGGAGAAGCUAUCUCGGCGAUGUAAGUAGGAACUAGGACACAAGACGCUCCUACAGAAAUUCCGCCGACGAACCUUGCUAUGUAGAGCACCCACACGCUUUUGGCGAAGAUUAUCAUCGUCCAGGAAAGAAGAAAUGGCCCCGCGAGAAGAAGCAGGGCUUUUUUGCGGCCUAGCUUGUCGGCUAAGCUUCCGGCGGGGAACGCUCCGGCCAU